UAGUUUUUAUCAUUAUUCUAUAUUCUACAGAUAAACACACACCUCAUUUCAUUCAUCCUCUGAAAUUGAAACAAUAACGAGCACAGAAUUCAAGGAGAAUUCUCCUCAUUCACGUUGAAACUCAUCAUCUCCCUCCUUCAAAUCAAUCGCUCAACAUUUGGUUACGGCUAAGGUAAUUUAAAUAGAAUUUGCGAUUGGUGAAGAUGCCUACGACGAGUCAUGCAGGUUCUUCUUCUUCUUCACGAAGAAGCAGAAGCAUGGCGUUAACAUCUUCGUCUUCGCAUAAGAAAACGCUUCCUCCAAACGGACUACCCGAUCAUCAUCGUAGAUCUUUUAGUUCUGCUCGUUUCAUGGGCUUAACAGGCGAGCGUACAGUGAAGCGUUUACGUCUCUCAAAGGCAAUAACCGCACCUGAAACCACAAGCAUUUACGAAGCAUGCAGACGAAUGGCUGCUAAAAAAGUUGACGCUCUUUUGGUAACGGAUUCAAGAUCUUUACUUUGUGGGAUAUUGACAGACAAGGACAUUGCAACAAAAGUUAUUGCUCGUGAACUUGAUUUCGAGAGCACACCCGUGGCAAAAGUAAUGACAAGAAACCCGGUUUUUGUACUCGCUGAUACUCUUGCAGUCGAAGCCCUUCAAAAGAUGGUCCAAGGAAAAUUCAGACAUUUGCCGGUUGUAGAACAUGGACAAGUUAUUGCUUUACUCGACAUAGAAAAAUGUUUAUACGAUGCAAUCGCUCGUAUGGAACGAGCUGCUGAAAAAGGGAAAGCCAUUGCAGCUGCUGUUGAGGGUGUUGAAAGGCAUUGGGGAUCUUCUGUUUCAGGCUCCAACACGUUUGUGGAAUCACUUCGCGAGAGGAUGUUUAGGCCAUCGUUAUCCACCAUACUCUCCGAGAAUCCAAAGGUUGUCACAGUUUCGCCAUCGGACACAGUGGUAGCCGCAACAAAAAAGAUGCUCGAGGGUCACACGAGCUCUGCUGUCGCAACUGUUGAUAAUAAGCCCGUUGGCAUUUUAACAUCAAAUGAUAUCUUAAUGAGAGUGAUAGCACAAGAUCUUCGCCCUGAAUUGAUCUUAGUUGAGAAGGUGAUGACUCAGAAUCCAGAAUGUGCUACACUUGAUACACCUAUCCUCAAUGCCCUGCAUAAUAUGCAUGAUGGAAAGUAUUUACAUCUUCCGGUUGUUGAUAAAGAGGGAGCUAUUGUUGCCAUUGUUGAUGUUCUUCACAUAACUCAUGCCGCAGUAACCACGUAUCAAAAUGCAUCAGGUGGGAAAUACAGCUGGUAUAGAUAACGAAGCCGCAAGUUCAAUGAUGCAGAAAUUUUGUAACGAUAACAAAAAUAAAAAGUACAUUUAACCAACGUAAAGCAAAAUAUAUAACUUCUAUCUUUUGAUGUAAAUUUGUAACGAUAACAAAAUGUUAAGCCAGAAUUAAAGAAAAUAUUGAUGAUGAAAUAGUUAAUGAACUAAA